AAACACAUCCCCUUCCCCCGAUCCUCUCCUUUGUUCGGAAUCACUGUCAUCUACUAUAUCUUCUAAUCCUUCUACCAAAAAAUUCAAAUUAAAAUCCCAACGCUUUCCAGACUUAACAAGCAAUUCAAAUAUAUGGGCUUUCCUUCUAAGUACUAUAAAUGAUUGUAAACAAAUGGACACUAAUGUAUUGACUAAUAAUCUCUCUAAAAAACAACGACAAGCUAUCAUGAACCUUCAAAACCAUCCGGAUCUUGAGAUAAAAGCGUCCGACAAGGGAGGUAAUGUGGUCCUUAUGACCAAGGCCAAUUAUGAGAAAAUGGUAUUCCACAUCUUAAACAACAAAGAGUGGUAUAGACGUAUCAACGAUACACAAAUAGCUCUAUUUAAAAAUGAAUUCCUAUCCAUUAUUGGCCUUGCUCAUCAAAGAGGUCUCAUAGACCAAGAUUUGUACAACUACCUUAAUAUUCGCAACCCAAGAACUGCAACUUUCUAUGCAUUACCCAAAAUCCACAAACACCCUCUUACUCCCCCAGGUAGACCGAUAGUGUCCGGCAUAGGUUCUUUGACUGAAAAUGCCAGCCGGUUUGUAGACUCCAUCCUCAUGCCCCAUGUACUUACUUUGCCCUCGUAUACCCGAGAUACCCUGGACCUUCUUAAACAAAUUGAGGAUAUGGUCGUGCCUCGGGAUGCCCUCCUCGUGACCUUGGACGUGGAGGCAUUAUACUCCAGUAUCCCUCACGAGUUGGGCAUCUCGACAGCACGUACCUUCCUCCGUGAACAGGACCAUCACCAUUGGAACUAUAUUGAUUUUGUAAUAGACCUUUUACGAUUUAUUCUUACACGUAAUCAUUUCGUUUUCAAAGAGUCCCACUUCCUCCAGGUGCAGGGCGUAGCCAUGGGCACUUGCUGUGCCCCUGGCUACGCCAAUCUGUACCUGGGGGGGUGGGAACGUGAUAUUUUUUCGGAUGAGGACUUGUCGAUGUACACUGGCCAUGUGAUCAACUGGCUUAGGUACAUCGACGACAUCUUCAUCAUCUGGUCAGGUACCAGUUCCCAACUAUAUCAAUUUAUCGAUAUUCUUAAUGUUAAUGAACGCAAUUUAAAAUUCACGUUCACUGCAUCUUCAGACCAGGUCACCUUUCUUGACCUCACCAUCUUAAAGGAUGGCGAUGGCAGAAUUACCUCCUCUCUCUUUAGAAAGGAGACCGCAGGUAACACCCUACUACACGCCACUAGUGCACAUCCAACUAACCUCCUUAAAAGCAUACCUUAUGCACAAUACCUUCGUUUACGAAGGAAUUGCACUAUGACAAAAGAUUUCCUGUUACAGGCUAACCUACUCAGGCAACGGUUGUUGUUGAGAGGUUACAGUAAAUCCUUACUACGGAAAGCAUUCAAUAAGGCUGCACGACAAUCUCGUAUCAACUUACUAUUUAAACAAAAAGUCAACACAGAGUCGCAACCAGUAAGAUUCAUUACGCGGUACUCAAGCCAUCACAUCGAGGUGCGUAAUAUUCUAAAUAAACAUUGGUCACUUUUGACUAACGAUCCCAUCCUCAGUAAUUACAUUGGCCAAAGACCAGAUAUUACUUUUAAAAGAUCUCGCUCACUUAGAGAUAAAUUGACUUCUAGUCACUACAAAACAAAUUCAAAUCAACAACGACCUCCAAAUGGUAUGAUGAGAUGUGGCAGGUGCAAUUUUUGUCCUUGGGUUAGAGAGGGUACUACUUUUUCUUUACCCAAUGGUGAAAUUUUUACCCCCAAUUUUUAUGCGGACUGUAAUACUCAGGGAAUCAUUUACCUUAUGACGUGUAGCUGCCAUGCAUUUUACGUGGGCAAAACCAUCAGAAACUUCAAGCAUAGAAUUAGGGAUCAUGUCUAUUACUCCUCCCAAGGAAAAAUGGUAACAUCAGUCAGCCGUCACCUUGACCUAUAUCAUAAAUUUAAUACCUCAGUUGCCUCGUUUAUAGUACUUGCUAUUGUCCCCAAAGAUUGCCGUGGAGGCAACUGGGACAAGCAGGUACUCCAAAAAGAAACUUAUUGGAUCGAGCGUUUGGAUGCCUUACGGCCCCCAGGCAUUAAUGAGGCACAGUCUUAUAAAUCCUUCUUGUAGUAACAUUAAGCUAAUUGGGUAUACUUUUAUAUUUUUGAAAUUUUCUUAUUCAUUUUUUUCUAUUAGCACCUAAGUACUACUCUGGACUUUUCUGACUGCCUUGUCACCAUGGCCCUGUCAUUUGCUGAACUAGAUGUCAGAGUAGCCAAUCAUACCGCUCAUUUAACUAUGUUCUUAGAUCACUGGUUUAUUGGGAUUUUUUCCAGUUGUCCUUCUCUCUGUACUCAUUUACUGUACCCCUGUUUUCUAUACGAGGUCCUCUAUGCUGUAUAAUUAAAUAACAUGUGUACAUUUGGAAGAUCUAUCCACUUCCAUACCUUAUAAAUAAAUACUAAUGUUUUUUGCAUUUAAUAUGGUUGUGCUCCUUUUCUGCAACUGUGGUGAGAUUUGGAUGAAGUAUCCUCCCCCCUGUGAUCUCUUCCAGACGUGAUGCCCUUUUCUUUGUCCCUCCUAUUUAUUCCAUGCGAUGUGGCCGCUUGAGAUACAGCUUUUCCAUCCUUGUUGUAUCUCAAUAUGUCCACUAGAUGGCGUGUAAUCGCCAUCGAAUGGUGCAUAAACUUCAGUACUGCGCGCGCACCGCAUCUGGUGCGCGCGCACCUGCAGUUACUUUGCGGCCAGCACAGAUGACAUCACCCGGCAGCGCCGCGGUAGUUGUCGAUCUGGGGCGAGACUCGAGGCUAUUUAAAGCCCUCAAGCCCUACACACUAUCCGCAGCCUCUUGUGAGGCAAACGAACCAACGACACGUGUGGCGAGUGUUGCAUACUGGUAAGCCUAAUUCUCUAUCUCUAAACAUGCCCUUCAUACUUUUGUGUGGCCGAUUCAUUAGGCUCACAGUCUCCUUUCCUCUAUAUUUUGUUUCAGUGACUGGUCUAUCGAGGUAAUCCCUGCCCCUGUCUCCUUGAAUUGCUCUAAAGAUUGACACUGGGUUUUUUUCAAACACCCUAAACUUAUACUCGCUGAAUGCAGUCUUGUUAUGAGCCAUUGCAAACUCUAUAUAUAAAUGGUUCCAAAUAUUGGCCCUUGCCGCCCAUGUUACGUCGUUUAAUUCUCUUUGGGGUUACAAAUUCAAUUCCUUGCUAGCCCGUGCUACAUAUCUCUCUAUGCAGAGAGUAUCAAGCCAAGCUAGUCCACAGUUAUUUUGUCUGUACUUCUUUUUAUAGGUAAGCAAACUUAGUCUAAACCCUAUUACUUAUCAUAUUCCAAUUUCAUUAUGCCUCCUGUCUCCUUCGUACUGGAAUUUUUGGGACUGGAAUUCCAGGCAUCUUGUCUGCUCUCUGUGGCUAUUUCCACAAUGUUCAUGGGGGUGACUCUUUUUUGUCCUUUCUCACCAUAUUGCAUGCUAUAGGAGCACUCCGGUUUCUUAAAUAUCUAUAUAGGCUGUUAUAUAUUUUUCUGUUCUAUAUCAAUAUGUUAUAUAUGUAUAUUUGUCUCCUUCACCAAUUUAGCACAUUGACUCCACUAAGUCCUUCGAGGAAGCGCUCAGAUACAGCGCGAAACAUGUCAGGACUCCGAUCAACCCAGCGCAAGUGCUAAAAAUCUCCAGUUGCUGAUGAUUUUCUUUAGAAGCUUUUGUAUUUAUUUAUGGUUCCAACUAUCAGUCCGCUUUUGGACAUCUAGUCUAGUAUUAUAUCAAUUGGUGCUAGUACUGUAUAACCAGAUUUAAUCUUCUAAGCUACAUCAAUUACUGUGAACGCUGUACUGAUCAAAUGCUAUGUGUAAUUUAUGUGUACUCUUUGGAGGAAAACUUUUAAAAUAUAUAUUUUUUUGUAAUAAAUAUUUUUAUAUAUAAAGUCAGUUUUCGAAAGACUCAUAUCUUUACUAACUUAUCAUGCCGACAAAGUCCAUGACUAGCCCCUAAGUCAUUCCCUUUU